CAUGUCGUCAGCAGUAGCUGCAGGAGGGCGUCGUGGAGGUCAGCCGCCGCCAGUGAUUGGGACAGCAGGAACAGGAACAGGGGGAGGCUACAAGAGUAGAAUUUGUGGCCAGUACAGUAUGCACCGGGCGUGUGAGAGUGGAGACAGCUGUGGCAUGGCACAUGGAAAGAAGGAGUUGAGGACUUAUGAGAACCCUCUCUACAAGAGCCAGCUCUGCACCGCCUUCACUCAGAGCGGCACUUGCCAACUAGCUGACGACUGUCUCUUUGCGCAUGAUGCGCUAGAGUUGAGACCUGACGACGAUGAACUAGAAGAACUAUCUAUUGGGUCCUCCAACCAAAAUAACCAGAUGGGCGGCGGCACUCACCUGAACAGGCAGCCGCCGCCGGGUACUGGGAGUGGCAGCGACAGUGGAGGCAGUCCCAUAUCAGGAUCUUCCCAGCAACACCAUCAGCAUCAGUCUACUCCGCUAUCUUCCCACCAACAACCCACCAGAAUUCUAUCACGAUCAUUUGCCAAUAAUUCAAUAGAAAACGGAGGAAGUUCACACGCUGGCGGUAACAUGAUGCAACGCUCGCAUAACGGCAACAGCACCAACUCAGGUCCCCCGUCGUGUCACGCGUUCCAGCGCAACGGAUCCUGCAACCGUGGCGCCAACUGCCAGUACGCACAUGUCCCCAAAAUGUCAGGUAUGGGUGGGGGAGGAGGAGAUAUGAGUGACAACUCUAGUGUAGUCAGCGGGGGUUAUGCAAUGGGGGGACAGAUGGGAGAGAAUGGGGCAAGUGGAAUGAUGGGAUCUAAGUACAAGACUGCCCUGUGCCAUGCUUUCCAGAAGAACAACAGAUGUGCUAAUGGAGACAACUGCAGGUAUGCGCAUGGUAUGAACGAACUACAGCCAACUCCGGAAAAAGCGCCGCCUGCUCCAAUGGACCCAAGCGACCCCAAGUACAAAACAAAGCUUUGUAUCAAAUUCGAAAAAGAGAAAAAAUGUCUGGCCGGAGACAACUGCAACUUCGCGCACGGCAUCGAGGAACUACGCAACCGCAGUCCAGAAGAUGAACAGAAGGUGUCUGAUAGGUACAAAACCAGUGUCUGCCAGAUAUUUUUGGAAAAAGUGAUCUGUCCAAGGGGACCUAACUGUACAUACGCACACGGAAGAUACGAGUUGAGACCCAUCGGGUUCAAAGGCGACUUUGAGGCAAAAGUGUCUGAGAACCCUCGGUGGAAGUGCAAUCUCUGUAAAGCUUGGAGCGAGACAAACAGAUGCAAGAACGGCGAUGAUUGCAGUUAUGCGCAUGGUGAGAAGGAGCUGCGAAGUGAAAAGCCGGGGCCUCCGGAAGUGAGGAGGUUCAAAACUGAACUGUGCAAAAAACUGUUCACACAAGGCUUCUGUCCUCAGGGAUCCAUUUGCACGUUUGCGCAUUGUGAAAAUGAUCUGCAACAGAAUCGAAAUUCGUCACUGUCCUCAAGUUCGAAAACAUCUCCGGUGACGAUGAUGGGAUCCAUGCAGCCAAAUGUGGGUUACUCGCCUGGAAAUAUGUUUGGAAAUGAACAGAGCAAUUCAAUGAUGUCUGGCGGAUAUAAACUGUCUAGUGGCGUCGUCGGCUCUGGAAUGAUGGAUAGGCCGGGUCAAAUGGGACUGCAUAGCAGUGCUGCUGCAGCAGCCGCAAUGCACUCCCCGACAAUGAUGGCCAACAAAGGUGCAAUGAUGGGUAGAUCUGGACCAAAUAAAGACGUGGAAAUGUUCAGUGAUUUUCUGGAGUUCAUGAAAUUGAAAGAGACGGGAGUUCUGGACAUGAUUAAGCAUGCCACUGGACCGUCCGGUAUGAUGCCCAGACAGCAACAUGGAGCCUCAAAUCCCGCGAUUCCGACAGCAAUGUCAGCUGGAGGAACCAUGGGGUAUUCUGGGAACAUGGGGGCAAACAGUCCCUUUAUGAAUGCCCAAUUCUCCAAUGCAGGGGGUUUGGGCGGACCUGGACCCAUGGAUCCGAUGGGGGCCUCAAGCGUGAUGCCGAUGGGCAUGAAUGGUCAAUCGGGAAUGGGUGGCUCAACGGAUGGAAGGUUGAUGGGCUCGGGGAUGGCCAAUAACGGACUGGUUGAUUACUCUCCCAUGAAUCCUCAAAUGCUGGAAGAACAAUUUGAAGCCCUUUUUCAAAUGAACGACAGCUGAGCUUGGCGACCAAUCCAAUGCAAUUCUCCUCGCCGAUCAUGGUGCUUCGGUUUAACAGCAAAAACAUGGAAGAAGCAUCAUCUGUUUUCUGGCGUGAACUAGUCCAAGUUCGGCGUGAACUAGUCGAAGUUAUUCGAAGUUCGGCUGGCAUUUUUGCAUUUGAAUCAAUAUUGAUAUGUUUUGGCGCAGGUUGUUUUGUUUCUUUUUAAAUGUUUGCCCUCAAAUAUACUCGCUUAAAUUUGCUUCGAAGAUGACAAGUUGGUCUGUGAAUUGUGGUUCAAGUUCAUAAAUAAAUCCUCCUCAAAUGCUAUAAAAACAACAAUUUGGUUGAUGUGCUACUACUGACUUUUAGUUUAGAUUUGUCGGCUCAGUGAGCUGUUGUCAAAUUUAUUUCUUUUCUUUCUUUCUUGCUUUCUUCUAGAUACCAAAUCGGUAUUAGUUCUAGAAUUCUUUUUAUUCCAAAUCCAAUUUUAUUGCAAUUAAUUCAAAUUCAAUUAUAAUAUUCAAAUUGCCACCGAGCUCGUAGAUUAACGAAUGACUAGUGCUUAUAUUUUGGUUUAUAUCAUGACUGUUUCGAAAUUGCUCUAUUUCUGUACUCUUGAAAUCAAGAUAAAACUAUAAAAUUUAUAUCGUUUUGUGUGUUCGGCCUUUUCGUUUGGAUUUGUUCAAAUGUUUUCCUCAUUGUAGAUGUUAUCUUCUAUCAUCUUUGUACUUGAUUUGAAAAAGUUAACAUACGGUUUUUUUAGUUUUAUUUAUUAAAUUCAAUUAAAGCUAAUACUUUUGAUCAUUGUUCUCCGGUGCAUAUUUUAAACAUUUCAAGAGAAAGUUUUGUACGAAAAUGCAGAGGCGAUGAGUUUCGUUUUUCGGUGAAGAAGAUUAAUAGGUGACAGUUUUCUCUUGAUAGAAUUUCGAUCUGUUUAGUUUAUUUCAAUCAUACGUUACCAUGUUGCUUUGACUAGCUUGGUUAUCGGUGGUUAUACAGUCAAUUUAAAAUAAAAGUUCAAAAAUCUGUAAGUUUUGAAAAUAGUGAGCUUUAAGUAGGCCGAUUUCCAACCUAGUAAGAAAUGCAGUUUCUAUUUCGGUGUGCUAAAAGUGCUUUAACUUGAACGGUCUUUGGAUAAUGUAAUUAGAGGUAAUAUCAGUAUCAUCGUGAUUAUCACCUUCACCUACCUUGUUAUGUCGCUGCUGUAUUUGUUGUAUAAUUGUCUGGUUUUUAUGUGCAUCAACUAGCAUUCGAACAGAUUUUCCAUCCAUAAUAGCUCCUUACCUUUUACAUGUUCGCUUAUAUAAAUAAGAUAUCUAUCUAUCUGCAUUAUUAUUGUAUCGCUUACUUACCUCUAAUCUACAGCUCCUUUCAAAUUGCCCACUUUCGGUUCUUAGCGUGCUCUAAUUUAUGUUCAAAUUAUGAUUAGACUUGAGCCUUUGUUUCAAAAAAAAAAACUGUUCAACAGCUGAGAGAAAAAAAUGUCGAGAUCAAAUAAGUAUCCAAGAAUUGGAUCAAUUUGCAUUUCGCUUGUUUUCGAUUUGAUUCUCACUUGUAUGAAUGAGACGGCUGAUCGUUGUUCAAAAGUCCUCAGAAAAAACGAAUAUAAAAA